UCUGCAUAUCCCGCAUACGUUAUGGGCGGCCUCUGUGUCGUUGGCGGCGUGACUGGCUUCGCCAAAACCCGUUCGGUUCCUUCCCUCGUCGCCGGUGUUGGCGUGGGUCUUCUCUACCUCUGGAGUGCCGAUCAGAUCCGCAAGGGUGCCCCCAACGGUCUCGAAGGCGCCCUCGGCGCCUCUGCCCUCCUUCUCCUUUCUUCGCUCCCAAGAGUCGCCAAGGGCCCCGUGCCAAAGGUGCUCGCCGCAACAUCGACCGUCACCGCGCUGUAUUACGGCAAGACCGUGUACGGCCUCCGGAACAACUGA